CACGCAGCAGAUCAGAGAGGCACACGCACUAGGUACCUGCAGUCUGGUCUGCAGGUACGCUAGCGAUCUAGCUACCGCUGUGCUGCGUACAGUACGUAGUACCAUGGCGAAGAAAGUGGCCACUCUGCUGGCCCUCAACCUCCUCUUCUUCGCCUUCGCCGACGCAUGCGGCUGCAGGUGCGGCGGAUCCUGCCCUAGUCCAGGCGGCGGUGGCGGUGGAGGAUCUGGUGGUGGUGGUGGUGGAAGCGGUGGGGGUGGGAGUGGAGGGGGUGGAUCGGGUGGUGGGAGCGGUGGGGGUGGGAGUGGAGGCGGAGGAUCUGGUGGGGGCGGCAGCAGUGGUGGAGGCGGCGGCAGCGGUGGUGGAGGCGGAGGAGGAUCUGGUGGUGGCGGCGGCGGCGGCGGUGGGACGAGCGGUCGUUGCCCCGUGGACGCGCUGAAGCUGGGCGUGUGCGCCAACUUGCUGAACGGGCUGAUCAACGCGACCCUGGGGACGCCGCCCAGGACGCCGUGCUGCACGCUGAUCCAGGGGCUGGCGGACCUGGAGGCGGCGGUGUGCCUCUGCACCGUCCUCAGGGCCAACGUCCUGGGCAUCAACCUCAACCUGCCCAUCAACCUCAGCCUCCUCGUCAACUACUGCGGCAGGCGCGUCCCAUCGGGCUUCCAGUGCUUCUGAUAUAUAUGGUGUAGUAUUAUAUAUGUCCAUGCAUGCAAUGCAUCUCGUCGUCCAUCACAUGUUGUUGUUGUUGUGUGUGUUUUCGAUGAUCCUGUCUCUGUUAUA